AUUGAGAAAAUAGGACCCGGCGGCGCGGCAUAUUCGAUAGAACGCCAGGCCCAAGCCAAGGUUAUAAGGCAGCAAGUGAGAUUGAGGAACUCCGACCAAGAUGUCGGCCCUAUGCCCUCAAAGUAGUCAUUUUCUACAAAAGUGAAUAACUCCACGAUGUAAAUGCAACUUCUUCUUCUUUCAAAGAAAUGGCAUCUUUAUCCCGUUUGGUAGUUUUAAAAACAAAAUACAUCCAGCCAAUAACAGUCUUUGCCCGAAAGAAUCCACUGCUAGCUAACACGAUCACGUACGCCGGGCUGGGCGGGGCGGCGGAGUUCACGCAACAGGCUAUCAACAGAAAAUCAGGGGAACGUUUUGAGGUUCGAAGGAUCUUUAAUUUUGUUGUUGUUGGUGUGUGCUUCAAUGGACCUGUUGGACACUUUUGGUACAGAUGGCUUGACCGGUUUAUACUUCCCACUGCCAAGAUGGCACUGGUCAAGAAAAUGUGCUUGGAUCAAUUCAUAUGCGGAUCGGCUUUUGUUGCUGCCUUUUACACAGGUAUGAGUAUAUUAGAAGGUAAAGAUGAUAUAUUUGAAGAGCUUCGAGCAAAGUUCCUCCCAACCUUCAAAGCAAGCUGCUGUUUCUGGAGUGUAGCUCAGGUAUUCAACUUUUAUUUCCUUCCAACAUCACUCCGCAUUGUCUACAUAGCCUCAGUUAGCUUCCUGUGGACGAAUUUCUUAGCAAUUAUGAAAAGAAAAGACAUUUGAUAAUGCUGGAAAUCGCAGUUGCUGAUGUCUUCAGGCAAUAUGCAACUAUUACGAAUAGCUCCACGAUGCAUGAUUCCAUUGGUGUAUUCUUAACAUGGAUUCGUGAACAGGCAGAGAGAGCAGCAACCCACCACAGGAGAGGGAUAUAUCACUAUGGAGUAUUCUUUCCACUCCGUUUUAUUGCUACCUGAUUGACCAGUGUUAUAUUCAUCUCAACAGAUGACGACAUACCGUUGUCCUAUCUUAAUUUUGCGUAUUUAUUCAUUUGUAAACUUUGCAAGAUGCUGCCGAAAUGGCCAAGUUUGGACCCGUUUUAGAUCGUUCGGAAGUGUAACUUGUUGAACAACUCACAGACUCCAGGCCCGGUUAAAGGAGAUGCUCACUCACAAAUGAAGGGCAUUUUGUUUAGUCUCCCGAAAAAGUUGACAAUUAAUAAAAAAAUAUAAAAAAAUACGAAUAAAUGUCAACGAAAACUGGUAUUUUGACUCCUC